UUUUUUUUUUUAUCGUCUUUUCACUUUUUCUUUUUUUUUUCUUUUAACAAACUUGCCCGGUUUCCCAUUACUACCUUUGUAUUUUAUCACCUUUAUAUUCUUCAACAACAAUUGAUAAUAUUAUGGGAAGCGACGACACCAAAAAGGUAUCCAACCCAAGACAUUUCUCUCUUGUACGAAACUUUUAUAUUGCAGACAUCAUUACUUUAAUGAAUGGAGUUUGUGGUGUACAAUCCGUGUUCGCGUCUAUGAGAUAUCUUGUUUCCAAUGAUAUCAAAGAUCUCUAUUCAGCCAUGACAUUUAUGCCUUUUGGAUUAUUUUUUGACUUUAUGGAUGGUCGUGUGGCUCGUUGGAGGAAUAACUCUUCUUUAUUAGGUCAAGAAUUAGAUAGUUUGGCUGAUUUGAUUUCUUUUGGUCUUGCACCUUCAGCUCUUGCCUAUGCGAUUGGUAUGCGUACUUAUUUAGACACGGUGGUUUUGACUUACUUUGUUUGUUGUGGAAUUGCAAGAUUGGCAAGAUAUAAUGCAACUGUAGCUCUGGCUCCUAAGGAUGCAUCUGGAAAAGUGAAUUAUUUUGAAGGUACUCCCAUUCCUACUUCAUUGACCUUGGUUGCUCUUUUAGCUUAUUUUGUGUUACAAGAUCGUUAUUUGGAAACCUUACCUGGUCAACUGUUGGUGUUUGCUGAUGAUUGGGAAUUACAUCCUUUGGUCCUGAUUUAUGCCGUCAGCGGUACUUUGAUGAUUAGCAAAACCCUUAGAAUUCCAAAACCUUGAUCAUUCAUUACUAUUUUACAUUACAUACAACAUCAUCCUUAGUAUACAUUCUUUUUUUUUUUUUUUGGGACGGGAUGAUUCUCUUCUCUUUUUCUCUUUCCCUCUCUCUCUUCAUACCCUUCGUUUACACUCUUCGUCCCUCCCAUAUGUAUUUCAAUAAAAUAUUUUUUUUUAAAAAAAAAAUACUUUAUGAUUUUUUGAAUUGAAUGAUUGGUUUUGUGUUGAUUGAUC